AUGGCACGCGGAGCAGUUCAGCUCGCAGCUUCGCUCGCACUGUGGGCGGCAGGAGGACCCACACCACUGCACGGCCUGAUCUUCGAGCUCGACGGCCACGCAGAGGAGUGUUUCCACGAGUACGUGCGCACGAAGCGCACUGCGUACUUGAGCAUCGGCGUUCUGGAAGCUUCGAGUGCGUACGACGUGCGAUUGCGGGCGUUCGGUCCGUUCGCGACGUACCCCGAACAGGCGCACGUGGAGAAGAACUUUUUCGACCACGUGGUGGUCACUCCGUUCGACGAGGAAAGUCAGAACGUCGAGCAGAGCGGCUUUAACUUUGACUCGGAGCAUCGCGGCGGCUGGUACCGCUUCUGCCUGGGGAACCUGCACGACAGCAGUCCAAAGGUCAUUGAGUGGCGCACGUCGCUCGAGCUCACGAACGCAGAAGACGUGGGCGAAGAGGACAAGUUGGACGAGCAGACGCGACGAGAGCACUUGGAAGUUGCUAUGACGUCGCUUCGACGGUUGCGGUCGCUGCUGGAGCUCAUUCGCAACGAACAGGAGUACUACCGCGCGCGAGUGCACCGCCAUGUUCAGACACUCGAAAGCAGCGAGUCGCGCAUUGUCUAUUACACGGUGGUGGAGCUGGUUGUACUGGGUGCUAUCUACGCUGCGCAGUCCUUCCUGCUGCACAAAUGGUUCCAAGAUCGCGGCUACUUCUCCAAGCGCGAAUGGGUGUAA